AUGAAUAGAUCUGACAGCCUCAGAUCUGAGACAGCAAUGUCUUCAGUUCUAGCCAUAGACCCUGGAGCUAGUACUAGCACCACGAAUACAAAUACCAGGAGUGUUAGGAUUAACGUAAUGGAAGGAGUAGGAGCUCGGGUUGUCAGGGGACCCGACUGGAAAUGGGGGAAACAAGACGGGGGAGAAGGACAUAUCGGGACUGUGAGGAAUUUUGAAUCUCCAGAAGAGGUUGUUGUGGUCUGGGAUAAUGGAACUGCCGCAAACUACAGGUGUGCAGGAGCAUAUGACUUGAAAGUGUAUGACAGUGCAUCAACAGGGAUCAAGCAUGAUGGAACCAUGUGUGACACCUGCCGUCAGCAGCCAAUCUUUGGGAUUCGCUGGAAGUGUGCUGAGUGUCCAAAUUAUGACCUUUGUUCAGUCUGUUACCAUGGAGACAAGCAUAACUUACGGCAUAGGUUCUACAGGAUUACCAGUCCAGGAACUGAAAGAGUUCUGUUGGAGCCACGGCGAAAGAGCAAGAAGAUCACAGCCCGAGGUAUAUUUCCUGGAGCUAGAGUGGUCAGAGGUGUGGACUGGCAGUGGGAAGACCAGGAUGGGGGGAAUGGCCGUAGAGGGAAAGUCACUGAGAUACAAGACUGGAGUGCCUCGAGUCCUCGCAGCGCAGCACACGUUCUCUGGGACAAUGGAGCUAAAAAUUUAUACAGAGUGGGGUUUGAAGGAAUGGCCGACUUGAAAGUGAUGAAUGAUGCCAAAGGAGGAUCUUUUUACAGAGAUCAUUUACCUCUGCUUGGUGAACAAGGCCCCGGGUCACGCUCGGGACCAUGCGGUCUGGCUAUUGGUGAUCAGGUGAACGUGGAUCUGGAGCUGGAGAUUGUGCAGUCUCUUCAGCACGGCCAUGGCGGUUGGACAGACGGCAUGUUUGAGUGUCUGGGUACAACAGGGACUGUAGUGGGAAUUGAUGAGGACCAUGAUAUUGUCGUUUCAUACCCAAGUGGUAACAGAUGGACCUUCAACCCAGCUGUCUUGACUAAAGUCAGCACUGCAGGUAGUUCGACAUCCAUUGCCAGUGAUGCCAGCACAACUGCCCAGUUUGCUGUGGGGGACCUGGUUCAGAUCUGCAGCGACACUGAAAGAAUCAAGGUCUUACAGAGGGGACACGGGGAGUGGGCAGAGGCAAUGUUGCCCACAUUAGGCAAAAUUGGCAGAGUGCAACAGAUCUACCAUGACAACGAUCUCAAGGUGGAGGUGUGCGGAACCUCUUGGACCUACAACCCUCUGGCAGUUACCAAGGUUGCCUCGGCAGAUGGAGCUGCUAUAGGCUGCUCUUCUGGAGAACGCCUGAGUGCCCUUCUGAAGAAGCUGUUUGAGACUCAUGUGUCAGGUGAUGUCAACGAAGAGUUGGUCAAGGCCGCAGCCAAUGGCGAUGGGGUCAAAGUUGAUGAGAUACUGCAGCGGUCGGAAUCGGAUGUGAAUGGUGUCUUUGCUGGCCACACGGCUCUUCAAGCUGCGUCCCAGAAUGGGCACAUUGAGGUCAUCAAGGUCCUCAUCAAGCAUGAUGUCAAUAUGGAGGUUGAGGACAAAGAUGGAGAUAGGGCAGUCCAUCAUGCAGCAUUUGGCGAUGAGCCAGCGGUGAUUGAGUUGUUGCACCGCGGAGGAGCUGAUCUGAAUGCUCGCAACAAACGCAGGCAGACACCACUUCACAUUGGUGUCAACAAAGGCCACAUCGGAGUGGUCCGUUCUCUCCUAGAUCUUGGAAGUCAUCCCAGUUUGCAGGACUCAGAGGGGGACACAGCACUGCAUGACGCCAUCAGCAAGAAACGCGAUGACAUGAUCGCCUUGCUUCUGGAACAUGCCGCCGAUAUCACCAUCACCAACAACAAUGGCUUCAACGCCCUACAUCAUGCAGCUCUUCAUGCUGGUAUACCCUGGUUACUGGACAAUUCCCGCCCUGGCGUUUAUGACAGUUUUCACCAGUCAGGAACUGUCAAUCCCAUCUUUCUGUGUAUGUGUGUAUCUGUUUGUCCCGACUGUCUUUAUCUCUGUCUGUUGCUUAAGGAAAAUUUAGGUAAUCACAACAGGAUUUUUCA